AUGAACCAACAACGAGUUUACGGUGUUACAGGUCCAAUCUCAACAGCAGGUCCAACAGCUGCCGAGAACCGGCUAAAUGAUUCAUUGAUUCAAGAACUGAAGAAGGAGAAAUCUUUUGAAUCGGACGCAGAUACGCAAAAGAGAGUGGAGAUCCUCAAAAUUUUGCAAGACUUGGCUCAAGCUCUUGUUUUCCAGGUUUCAAAAAAACGUAACAUGUCAGACGGUAUGGCGAAGGAUGCUGGCGGUAAGGUUUUCACGUUCGGAUCUUACAGGUUAGGCGUCCAUGGACCUGGCAGUGAUAUAGAUACUUUAGUUGUGGUGCCGAAACACGUUACUCGAGAAGACUUCUUCACAACCUUCGACCAGAUUCUGAGAGCUAGGCCUGAACUGGAUGAAAUAGCCCCUGUGCCCGAUGCUUUCGUGCCGGUUAUAAAAAUUAAGUUCAGCGGAAUUUCGAUUGAUUUACUGUGUGCAAGGUUGGAUGUUGCUCAAGUCCCUGGAAAUUUAUCGCUUGCCGAUAAAAACCUGCUAAGAAACCUGGACGAAAAAGACUUGAGGGCAUUAAAUGGUACAAGAGUAACUGACGAGAUUCUGCAGCUCGUUCCAAAACCAACAGCAUUUAAGAUUGCUCUUAGAGCAAUUAAGUUAUGGGCACAGCGAAGGGCUGUUUAUGCGAACGUCUUUGGUUUUCCGGGUGGUGUAGCAUGGGCUAUGCUCGUGGCCAGAAUAUGUCAACUUUAUCCUAAUGCCUGUAGUGCUGUGAUCUUGGCGCGCUUUUUUCAUAUUCUGACCAAAUGGAAUUGGCCGCAGCCAGUUCUUUUGAAACCUAUCGAAGACGGACCAUUACAGGUUCGGGUGUGGAACCCCAGGAUAUAUGCCCAAGAUAGAUCACAUCGCAUGCCUGUCAUCACUCCUGCCUACCCCUCAAUGUGUGCUACUCACAAUAUAAGUGACUCCACCAAGAAGGUCAUUUUGGCUGAGCUGGAAAGAGGGGCACAGGUAACGAAUGAGAUAUUUACCAACAAAAAAUCAUGGCAUGAUCUAUUCAAAAAGCAUGAUUUCUUCUUUCGUUACAAGUUCUAUUUAACGGUAAUGGCCUCGACCACAGGAUCAGACGAGCAACAUUUAAAGUGGAGUGGUUUAGUAGAGAGUAAGCUCAGAUUGUUGGUACAGAAAUUAGAAGUUUUGAGUGGCAUCAAUUUGGCUCAUCCAUUCACAAAGCCUUUCGAGUCAUCAUACAUUUAUGAUAACGAUGCUCAGUGCAAGGACAUCAUUGAUAAUUAUGGGACAUACAAAACACAAAAUAUUCUUGACCAAUAUACGGAAGUAACGCAAGAUAAUAAGGAUUCUGAAGUGGUCAAGGACAAAAAGCAGGUGCACAUCACCACCAUGUACAUUGGAUUAGAUGUUGCUGUGGAUGGCAAAAAGCAGGUUGAUAUUCAUGUUCCGUGUUCAGACUUCUUCAAUUUGUGCCGCUCCUUUAGUGAAUACGACGAUGCUGACACGUUUUCGCUAAUGAUCAAAUACGUUAAGCUUCAUGACCUACCUAGCAACGUGUACGAGGAAGGUGAGGAAAGACCUAUCAAACUUAGCAAAAGAAAGAAACAGGACAAGGAAGGCAAGAAAGCCAAGCGACCCAAAUCAAGCGCUCAGAAACAAAAUGACGACGUAAUGGACGGUACCGAGGAAAGCGUCUCAGCUACAAAUCCAGUAGCUUCAAAUGUAAAUGAGCCUUCUGCUCAAUUACCUACGGCUACGAGUGCCACGACCACGAACAUUUAA